AUGGCGAGCGAGGAAUUGGAACGUCAGGCUUUGGAGCGCCUGCGGGGAUUGAGUUUUCGAAAACGCCACCUGCAGCUAGCCCAACAAGAAGACGGCCUCACAGCCUUCUACUACACCGUCGAGGGCAUCAAGGAGGGCGAAUUCUACCAGACCCGCGAAGCCGACACCGUUGGUUGGGUCCUCAACGCCGCGCAUACCCGGAAUGCGAAGCUCGAGACCAUAAAUUUCGACGUCUUGGCUGCCAAAGCAGGCACGCAGACCGAUAAGAAAUUUUCUCUACUCCCGGCGGAGGCUGCAGUUAUUAUGGCGGGGGGGUACAUCGUAAGGGUGGAUAGGGACGACCCUUUUGACGAUCGCACGAGCGUCGUGCUGGAUCCCCUGCGAGGACAUAGGACUCGGUCCGCUCCCCUUCAUGGAUGUGGGGUCAGGGGUGGCGCAGAGGUGGUCGGAAAAGUCAGUGAGAUUAAGGCCCUGGGCACCAGACUUGGUAUUGACUAG